GCCGUAUUGUAGGGAGGAGCUGGAAGUGGAAAGCAGCUGUUUGGAGUCCCACCCGAUGAGUGGCAGAAGCCACUGAAGGUAAAGGCGAAUCGAGUCAGUUUGCGGAACUCAAAGCAGUCCAAUUGGCCCUGGAUAUCGCAGAGAGAGAAGGAUGGCCAAGGCUCUACCUGUACACCGAUUCGUGGAUGAGAACCAAUGCCGUAUGGGGGUGGCUAGACUGGUGGAAAGAGGUGAAUUGGAAGCGUAGAGGAAAACCCAUCUGGGCUGCUGAUCUGUGGCAAGACAUCGCUGCCAGAGUGAAGAAAUUGAACGUGAGAGUCCACCAUGUAGAUAACCACGUGCCCAAGAAACGAGCUAAUGAGGAACAUGCUAAUAACAGACAGGCAGACCGAGCUGCACAGGUCAAGGUAUCACAAGCAGACCUAGACUGGCAGCAGAAGGGAGAAUUGUUCCUAGCUCGAUGGGCCCAUGAUGCUUCAGGUCAUCGGGGCCGAGAUGCCACUCAUAGAUGGGCACGAGACCGCGGGGUGGAUUUAGCCAUGGAUAUCAUCUCUCAAGUUCUCUGUGACUGUGAAACCUGUGCGGCUAUUAAGCAGGCAAAAAGGUUGAAGCCCCUGUGGUAUGGUGGACGCUGGGAGAAGUAUAAAUAUGGGGAGGCCUGACAGAUUGACUAUAUCAUGUUGCCACAGACCCGCCAAGGUAAACGCUGUGUGCUUCCCAUGGUGGAAGCAACCACAGGAUGGUUGGAAACAUACUCGGUACCGCAUGCAACAGCCCAAAACACCAUUCUAGGUCUGGAGAAGCAGGUCCUGUGGAGACAGGGCACUCCAGGGAGGAUUGAGUCAGACAACGGGACUCAUUUCAAGAACAGCCCAGUAGCCACUUGGGCACAGGAGCAUGGGAUUGAAUGGGUCUAUCACAUUCCAUAUCAGGCACCUGCUGCAGGAAAAGUAGAAAGGUGUAAUGGACUGUUGAAGACAACCCUAAAGGCACUAGGUGAGGGAACUUACAAAAAUUUGGAUAAGAACUUAGCCAAGGCCACCUGGCCUUGGGACCUGUGGGUGCAGAUGCAGGAGCUACAGGACAAACUGGACCAGGCCCGGAACCAACUCCGGAAGCUGCACAGAGAAAAAUGGGGCCUGGAACGGAAGAACCAGCUACUCGAGGAGUUCAGGGAGCAGCUCGAGGAGUCCCAGGAGACUCUACAUAAAGAGCUCAGGGAGCGGGAGAGGAGAGAGAGCACCCUGAGCUCCAGAGUAUGCUCCCUGGAGUCAGAGCUGGAGCAGCGCCUGCAGGAGGAGGAGCAGAGGUGGAACGUCGUAAAUAUCUCGGAGAACACAGAGGUCAAGGACCAUCUCCACCUGCAGUGGCACAAGAUGGCCUCUCUCCAGGAGGUACAGAAAUCACAAAAAUCCCUCCGGGAUCAGCAGGAUGAACAGAUCCACCAUCUGGAGAUGGAGCGCCGCCACCUCCACAAUGACACCCAGGAGCCCAAAGACAACAUCCCCUUGUUCUACCGCGUGCGGCCCGUGCUGCCGGAGGAGUCGGAGCGGCAGCGGGGGCUGCAGCACCUGCACUUCUCCCCGCAGAACUCCACAACACUCAUUGUCACCCAGCCCGACGAGGUGAAAGACCACAUGAUCGGCACCCCCAAGCCCAACCGGAAGAGCCCCCUGUGCCCCCCCAAACACUCGCCCUGGGACCUGUGGGUGCAGAUGCAGGAGCUACAGGCCAAAUUGGACCAGGCCCGGAACCAGCUCUGGAAGGUGCAAACAGAGAAACGGGGCCUGGAGUGUCUAAACUAG